UACUUUCGAACUGCUAAAACAGUAAAACCCCAGGUCUCUCCAUCUUCAUCCCCACAAGUUCACCCCAAAAUUCAUAACCAGCUUAAACCCUACAAACCCUUUCACUCGAUCAGGGCUCUUCACAUCUUAAUAAGUAGAAUGCAGGGCUUGAAGCGACUCACCUGGUCUUCUAUAUCUGCUUCAUCUCAAAUCUUGAGACCCAAUGAGACCAACAAGAGUCUCCAUCUUCUUCCACCAAGCCAGCAUUUCUUAGCUCAGAGAAUCUCCAAUCGCUUCUUGGAGUUUUACAAGCUUGCAAAUAAAGCGGCUUUAGAGAAAGAGAAGGCUCGUCUUGCAGAUGAGCUGAAUAGGGGUUAUUUUGCUGACAUGGAAGAGCUUAAGAAACAUGGUGGUAAGGUUUCAGAAGCAAAUAAAAUCUUGUUUCCUGCUAUGGCAGCGGUGAAGUUCCCUGACUUGGAAGUAUACUACACCGAUGGCAAUAUAUUAAAGCUACCCUUUAGACCCACUGGAAAUGAAAAUGUGGCUGAUGCCAACGGCUCAGCUCUUCCUAAGGCAUCUUUACUGUGCCUUUCAUUUCGAGCAAGUGCCCAGGGAAUGAUUAAUUCUUGGAGCGUUCCUUUUGUCAAUGCUUUCAGUGGUUCAAAAGAUGUUCAACUAUUUGAGGUGUCAUUUAUAGACAUAUGGCUCUUAUGUCAGAAACCAUUUAAGCAUCUUCUACUUCGGAUUAUGAAGAAACCUAAGCAUGAUGAUAACAAGGAUGCAGUUAAAAGGCAUAAUGUAUAUUCAUUUGGGGACCAUUAUUACUUCAGAAAAGAACUUAAGAUCUUGAACCUUGUUACAGGGUAUGUAUUUCUGCUUGAUAAGUUUGGUAGAAUAAGGUGGCAAGGCUCCGGAGUGGCUACGAAAGAGGAGGCGUUGUCCCUUCUCUCUUGCACAUCAGUACUCUUGGAAGAGAAAUAGAGCAGUAAAUAUAUCUCCUGACCUAUAUCCUGAGUUGAUUACAAGCUUCAAAUUCUAGGAUUUUAGACUAGCAAUUUUACCUCAUAAUCCCAGUGUAUUUCGUGUGUAAUACAAAUACACAGAUUUGGUUUACUUUAAUCUGAUACAUGUUUGCUCAACUUUGAAUCAAAUUGAUGUAUAACAUUUGAAUGCUAUGGUACUUUAUG